CCUCAUUUGAACUUUCUCCACUCCAUUCCCAAAAAUGUAACCAACCAAAAGAGAGUAACAAAAUGUCUUCACCAUUUGGAUGGUACGGUCCUCUCAUAGACCUCUGCAACGCCUCUCACCACAUAGCUGAAUUCGUUCAACUUCUCGUCUUCGUUCACCGCUGCUUCCCCGUUCAGUACAAAUCCUCCAAAUCUGGAAAAGACCUAACGCGAAUGGACAUUCAAGUCGGGGACGAUACGACGCCCUUUUUUGGAGUUUCUCUUUGGCAGAGUCAAAUGGGGUCAAUGGUUUCGGCUGGAGAUGUCGUUUUGUUACAGAAUUUCAUGAUUACUAAAUUCGGGGGUGUGGUUGAAGCUAAAACUGUUCAGUGGUCUUCCCUGUUUUGCUUGGUUCAUCCUUUCCAUUCACUUAUUUCAAAGGAUGUUGAAGAGAUGAUAGCAGGUUGUCGCAUUGGGACGACAGCAACGAAGGAGAAGUUAAGUAGGGUAAUAAAGUGGGUGCGGAAGUCUCGGACCACUAUCUGCGACAUCAAGUUGCAGUCUAAUCAAAAAAUAGAGUACCUGCCUAGAAACUGGACAGUUCUUGAAGAGAGAGAACCUAAAGACUGCUGUUCACUUAUGGAAGUCUCUCAGCUAACAACAUCGUGCAAGACUAUCGUCCUUGCAUCGAUUUGUGAAAUUGUUCCAUUACGUAACGCCAAGACUUCAGGUGAUACUGUGAAUGAGAAGAUUUUCCUUAGUAGGAGAGUUUGCAAAGCUGAGAAUAAUAACUUGGUGGAAGAUCUCUUAUGCACUGGCUGCCAGCUAUGCGGUUCACCCUUAGGUUCAGAAUCUGAGCAAAAUGAUUUUCCACUCGUUUGUUCGAAAAGUUCAAGCCGCCUUCAUGCAGUAUGCUCGAUAUAUAGGCCUUUCAUGCUAUAUGUGUGGGAUGAAUCAUACUUCAUGCCAGUUCUCAUCAAGAACAAGGCUGCAGAAAUCUUAUUUGGAAACAUGAAGGCUGAAAAUGUAUAUUCGAGUUAUAGAGAGCAAAAGCUUAAUCAGAAUGGUCCGAAAAAUAUUUCCAAGGAGAAAGAUGCCGAUGAAAGACUUUCUAAUAACCCGAGACUUUCUCGAGAAGGACUUCCCGGUGCCAGUUCAUUAGAGGAGGGUAAGAGCAUGCAGUGGGAGGAAAAGCAUUGGCUUACUAAACCAUUCAACUUUUAUCAUGUCUGGUUAAUUUUUCUAAAAUUAUUGCUGAAACAAGGAAAGAACAGUCCUCUAAAAUUUGAGAUCCUUGUUGAUCCCAACAUCGACGUUGAAAAUGGAAAAUUUGAAAUGGUUUCUGCAACAUUGCCCUGUUUUGGCACCAAGUGACAACAUUUCCGUUUCCCCUUCACACCUUACAAUUUCCAAAUGCAAAUUCCCGAAUCUUAUUGCCGAGUUCCUUGUACUUAAAUAUGAGAUCGAUCUCGUUAUAAACAUUGUUAGGACACCACACAAAUUUACCGUUUACAAUUGAUAAAAUUCUAGUACAAUUUUUAACACCAUCCUCUAAAUGGUUAGUUUGUGUUGGUAUACAAAUUUUCUAAGAAAUGUUAGUUGCUAAAGAAACAAUGUCCAAUGUUUAAAAAUCCUAAUUUCAGUGAAUUGUUAUUUGC